UGCUGUGGUCGUCUCCACCUGUUCUUCCGAUGUAUUGCUGUGUGUUGUUAGGAUAAUCAUUAGAAGCUGUAAAGCUCCACAAUGGCAGUGUGAAGGCGUGCGGCAGCAACUUUUGCAGCGGCAAAAACUCGGCAGUGCAGCGGCUAAGUGCACUGGCUAUUUCUUGCAAAAUGGCGUCUCUCUCAGCAACCACCCUCAGCUUUGCUGCCCUCGACAGCAGUACCGGACCCCUUGACUUGACGUCAGAAUCCCGGUUGUUUUCCUUCAACCCUUUGAGGCUACCACUGACCAGCAGCAGCAGCCAUGACACUCUCCCAGCAAGACUUGGAGGACAUGGAGGCCCUGGACCUAGGGUCCUCGUUUUUGAUGGCUGACCCCAUGGGGCCCCUUCUGGACCAAGAUGAAGAAGAAUCUUUUUCUCCUUCCUCCUCUUUUGAGGUGAAGGCAUCUGCUUCGCCCUCCCUCUGUUUUUCCUCUUGUGCAUCUUCCACAUCUCCUUAUCAGACAAUGUCAUUUUCCCCAUUCUCCUCCACCUCCCCACCUCCCUCCCCUCCUCUCUCUCAUUCCUCCUACCUGGAACCUAAGGCCGAAGCAAACCUGCUGUCCUUCUCCUUGCUGGGUGCCGGUGAUCUGCUCUGUGACCACGGAGCAGAUGAUGGCAGAGAUGAUGAUUUGGGCGGCAUGGAUUGGAUGUCAGAAAAGAUUGAUCUGAAUGACUUAGACCUGGAAUCCCUCAUUCGCUCUUACUCAUCUGAUGAGUCCCCCAGCUCCCCCGAAGACCUCCUGGCCUCACUUGAUUCCCACAUGGAUCUAGAUUCCUUUGACACAACCAUCUCAUCCCUGCACAGCCGUCCAGAACCACCUCUAACAGAGCCAGACAUCCCUUCCAACCCCCUGGAAGCCCCUCCUGUGACUAAAGAUGAGGAGAAUGAGGUUGUUCCUGAUCAGGAGAUUGUUGUGAAGUCUGAGCCUUCAUCUCCACACCCCUCAUCAUCUCACUCUUCUGCGGCCUACACAUUGGAGCUGGGAAGUGAAGUUGAUGUUCAGGAUGUUGAGAAAAUGGUCCCACCCAUCACCACUACCGUGAUCUCAGAUUCCAGUGAAAUCCUGCAAACCACCAGUCCAAUUUUGGUCUCUCUUCCCACCACUGCUCACUAUGUGGUGGUUCUUUCAAACAAAGAUGAGCCCCCCAUCAUCUCUCUCCCUGAUUUGUCCAUUAUCACCUCUCAUUCAAGCGACUCUGAAAGUGACUCCGGCAUCGAGUCAGCUGCUGGAUCACCAACACCUCAUCCAUCUCCUCCCAGUUCCCCCACUACUGGUUCCUCCAGAACCAAACCCUACUGCAAAAAAGAGCCUCCCUCCCCCAAGAUCCCCAAAGUCAAAUCGGUGUCUGGUGCACCCAAGGUGGUUGAAAAGAAAAUGAAAAAGAUGGAGCAGAACAAGACAGCCGCAACUCGCUACAGACAGAAGAAGAGGGUUGAGCAGGAGCAGCUGACCUCAGAAUGUGAUGAGCUGGAGAAGAGAAACAAUGAGCUGAAAGAGAAGGCAGAGUCCAUCAACCGAGAGAUCCAGUAUCUCAAAGACCUGAUGGAAGAAGUUCGCAAACACCACCGUGGAAAGACCGUUUCAGUCGCUUAGACAGCAUGAUGUGGCACACUCUCCCUGAUCAAGAGUUGCGGUGUGUUAGUUUCUACUUCUGUGCUCACAUGCUAUAGCAAAGUAAACAAUUUGUUGUAUCAAGCAUCCAUUUUAGGAAAUUAAAGGUUGUGUGAAGGUGUUGAAACUGAUUCCUGAACAGGGAAUGUUUGAUAAGGUUAUCGAGAUUAGUUAGGAGCAGGGGGCUGGGAGGUAGUUAGGUGAAGCAUCUGUACAUGCUUGUCUCUCAGUCCCAUGUUUGAUUCCUCUGUCACUCCCAGCACCACCUGAACAAACAGGCAGGGGGUGUUUUUCUUUUGUAGACUAGGCAUGCAAAACGGGAAUCGAAGUAGCUCACGGUAGAGUUGUAGAUUUUGACUAACAACAUUUCUGCACAUGCUGUCAGUUCAAUGCCAGACCCAAGAGUAGUAAAAACAAAUUUUUGUCAAGUAUGAUCUUCCUUCCACUUUGAUGUUGCAGAGUUGUUUUUAACCUGUUAUAAUCUUGUAUCAUCUUCCUCUUGACAGCUUCAAGUCCAGAAAGGGGCCUAAUCAUGUUUAAACUAUUGGUCAACAUGAAUUUUUGUAAAUAAUUUUCUUUUUUUAUUUUUUUUUUCCAUCACUUGGUUGCUUGUUGUGACUUUAAUAGUAGAUGAAUCUUGCUAAUAUUGGCUGUAGUUUCCUGACAUGGUGCACAUGGUUGGCUUGUGAAGCGCAUUGCUUUUGGCCUUUUUUUUUGUUUGUUUUCUAAUAAAGAUCUAUCAAUACUAA